AUGGCGGCUUUGCCCCUCGUAGCGCGCACCGGCCUCCCGCGGCCAGCGGCGGCGGCGCCUGGCCGCCACCGCGGCGCCCCGGCGGCAGCGCCGCUGCACAGCAGCAGCCGGCGGCGACCGCAGCCUGCACAGCAACCGCCGCCUCGUCGGCUGGAAGCUCCCAGGGCAGCGGUAGUGGAUGUAGAUGUUGGGGAGGAGGAGGAGGAGCCCCUCAGCAGCGUGGACAUAGAGAGCUUGGAGUAUGCGGGUGGCAGCUACAGCGUGCAGGGCUGCCUGGUCACCCCCGCCUGCCCAAACGUCGUCUACCAGGUGCUGACUGACUACGAGGCGCUGACCCGCGUCUUCCACAACGUCCAGUCGUCGGCGGUGCGCACCUGCGCGCACACCGGCGCCAAGCAGCUGGUGCAGACCUGCAAGUGGGCCUUCCUGGUGUUCAGCGGCACCUUCGUGCACGAGCUCAACGUGGUGGAGGAGCCGGAGCAGCGCCAGCUCACCUUCUCACUCGCCCACUCCGCCUUCAUGCGGGAGUUUGUGGGGUCCUGGGAUGUGCGGGGCCUGCCGGGAGGCAUGACCGAGGUGCGACACCGCCUGUCGGUCACGCCCACGGUGGCGCCGCCGCAGCGCAUCGGCGACCUCAGCAAGUGCAUCUUCCGCAAGCAGGUGGUGGGCAUCCUGGAAGACCUUGACAGGGAGCUGGAGGCGCGGGCUGGCCGCGGCAGCCGCUGA